UGGCUUCUGGAGACACGUCUGACAUCAGUUCCAGGAGAUGUCUUCUCCAACCUGGUCAACAUCUCAAGGAUGUGAGUGAAUCACCAUCUGCACAGUCUCUUUUCACCAUUAUUCCCUUCCUUGACCCUCUCUUUCUUUCUCUCUCUCUGAUCAUCAUCACAAAUUCUCAACUCGUUAAGCCACAAAGCUAUAUUUAAAUUCUUAAUAUCCCAACUCCACAUCAUCCACCUGUCUCUUUUCCUCCCUCUGAUCCAAAAGAUUGGGAUCACAGAUCCAAGCCUUUCCACAGAAUAGCGACUUGAGAGAGGCGGGCAAAAGAAGAGAGGGAGCGAGCGAGAGAGAGAGCGGAGAGGAGAGAUACGAGAGAGUGCGAGAGAGAGCUAGAGCGGAGAAGAGAGAGAGAGAGAGGAAGAGCAAGAGAGAGAGGAGAGAGAGAGGGAGGGACGAGAAGAGACCGAGGAAGCGCGAAGCGACCGCGGAGCGUAGAGAGAGUGAGGCUGGAUCUACUAGAUAGAGCUCAUAGAUAUCUAGUUAUCUCUCUCUCUAGCGUAUAUCUCUAUAUCUCGUCUCUAUCUCUCCGCUCUCUCUAUCUCUCUCUCUCUCUCUCUCUCUUCUCUUCUGCAUAUAUAAUAAUCUCUCUCUCUUCUCUCUCUGGUCUUUCCUCACCUCGUGUAGAUGAUCUGUUCUCUGUUUAGUAUCACCGCUGUCUGCUAAUCACAGUUGGAAGAGCUAAUGCGUUCCUAGAAUAGGAAUGUCGGCAUUCCCACCGCAAGGGCCUAGGCAUCGGCAAGGUAUUCCAGUAGAGUCGCUGUAUGGAUUGGUGCCUCUUUCAGGGAACGGUUUAGAUGAUGUGGUAAAAUAUACAUUCAGUAGAAAAAGGUGGAAAAGGGUAUCACCAAGCCAAAAUGUUAAAAGCAAUACAAAAAUUAGAAAUGUAGUUAUUUUUAGAAGACUUCUCUGACAAUAUACACUAGCUAGGCCUUGCUCUCAGCCUGUGAGGCCAGUGGCUGUGUCCAAGUCAUGCAUGAGGAAAGAAGAGAGACAGAGAAAGAGAGAGCAAAGGAGAUGUUUUCCCCAGCCUCACCCAGCACACCUCUAUAUCGCCCAACAGAAUAGCAGGUUAGCGAUUUUCGUCAUGAAUCUUGUUCUGGAGGCAGCUCUGCAGAGUGGUCACUAGCUGUCAUAAAAUCUGAUUUUAAACCUAACCUUAACCCUAACCUUAACCACACUGCUAACCCUAGUGCCUAACCCUAACCUUAAAUUAAGAUCAAAAAGUAAAAAAAAAAAUAUAUAUAUAUAUAUAUUACAUUUUUACAAUAUAGCCAAUUUUGACUUUGCAGCUGCCCAGUUCUGCCUCCAUGACAAGACUCAUGACAAUAAACUUCAACCUGCAACAGAAUACUGGAAUAGAGACCCUUUUUAACCUGUAAUCUACACAGUCUAGACUGGAAAUAAGUUUUUGACCCCCUUAAUUUACAGCAUGUAAAUAGUAUUUAUUAGCAAUCAGGAGCAAUUCUAGUCUAGUGCGCUGCACUUUAAAUACUAACCCCGCUUUCUCACAAUGAAGAGACGCAUUCCAUUUCUGAUAUAGAUUCAGAGUCUAAGUCUCAGUUUGUUUUAUAUGCCAUUAGACUACACACUAACUACACAGUAGUUACUCAGUAAUAACAAAUGAAAGCAGUGGUACUGAUGACUGGGUAAUGGAUAUGUGUGGUUCAUACAUACCUGUUAAAUUACCCAUGGAUUUAGAGGCUUUGGGAGAAGUGGGUGGUUAAGUCUAUAGGACUGAGGCUAAAGCUUGGUUUUGGAUUGAAGAUGAUCAUUAGUCUAGUAGCUUUACUACUCACAGUGGUUCAGGUACACUCCCCUCCGUAUUUAUUUGGACAGUGCAGCAAGCAUUUUUACAUUUGGCUCUAUACUCCUACAAAUUAGAAUUUGAGAUCAAAUGUUUAAUAUGAGGCAACAGUAUAGAAUGUCACCUUUUAUUUGAGGGUAUUUUCAUACAUAUAUUUUUUUUAGCUUCCCUACCCCCCCCCCCCCCCCCCAUUUGAAGAUUUUUGGACAAAAGAAUUUGGACAAAUUCACUUAUAGUGUAUUAAAGUAGUCCAAAGUUUAGUAUUUGAUCCUAUAUUCUUAGCACGCAAUGACAACAUCAAGCUUGUGACUCUACAAACUUGUUAGAUGCAUUUUCAGUUUGUUUUGGUUGUGUUUCAGAUUGUUUUGCCCAAUAGGAACUGAAUGGUGAAUAAUGUAUUGUGUCAUUUUGGAGUCACUUUUAUUGUUAAUAAAAAUAGAUGUUUCUGAACACUUCUAGAGUAAUGUGGAUGCUACCAUGAUUAUGGAUAAAAAUGCUAGCCUCUCCUGUUAUUGGUAAUGUUGAGAUGUUAGCGUUUAUUUUGGCGGUAUGAUCUUUGUUCCGCUGUAACUUUCUCACUCAUCAUUAUUCACAAUUCAUUCAUGAUUAUCCAUACUCAUGGUAACAUCCACAUGAAUGUAGAAGUGUUCAGAAACCUUAUUUUCUUAUUUACAAUAAAAGUUGGGCACAACGUAAUCCGAGGCAGAAACCCCCAAAAAACUGCCGAAUGCAUCCAACAAGUUUGUAGAGUCAGAAGCUUGAUGUAGUCAUUGCAUGCUAAGAAUGUGGGACCAAAUACUAUCCUUUUUACUACCUUAAUACACUAUAAGUGAAUUUGUCCAAAUACUUAUGAAGAAAAUGUCUUUAAAUGGGGGGACAAGAUGCAUAAAGUGCUUUCAUUUCUAAACCGUAAAACCGAUAUGUAUGAAAAUACCCUCAAAUAAAAGGUGACAUUCUGUACUGUACCCUCAUAUGAAACAUUUGAUCUCAAAUCCAAAAUGCCGGAGUAUACAAAGUUGAGCUUCACUGUCCAAAUAAAUAUGGAAGGGAGUAUAUAUGAAAGUAAAUCCUAUGUUGUAUAUUAACCGGUAUGAUUGCACAAUACUUUUAAUUAUAUUUGAUCAAAUGUUACAUAGUAAAACCAUAUGUGUAAAGAAUGUGCAGGAAAGAGUGCAAAAUGGAUCUUUAAUUUUAUUAGAAAGACACCGUAUGUCUUUCUGUAUAUUGAGAAUCACUAUAUCAAAGUAUGAUGGUUUCUUUCUUUCAGAUACAUAUCAGUGGACGUGACACUGGCAGGACUUGAGAGGCAUUCCUUCUACAAUCUAAAGAAAAUCACCCACAUGUGAGUAGAGGAUAUGUACACUCCCCUCCAGAUGUAUUUGGACAGUGAAGAUCAAAAUACUAAUUUGGCUCUAUACUCCAGCAUUUUAGAUUUGAGCUAGAAUGUUUCAUAUGAGGUGACAGUACAGAAUGUCACCUUUAAUUUGAGGGUAUUUUCAUACAUAUCUGUUUUAACGUUUAGAAAUGAAAGCACUUUAUAGAUCUAGUCCCCAUAUUUGAAGAAGUCAUGAAAAUACCCUCAAAUAAAAGGUGACAUUCUGUACUGUCGCCUCAUAUGAAACGUUUGAUCUCAAAUCCAAAAUGCUGGAGCUUCACAAAAUGUUUUGCUUCACUGUCCAAAUACAUAUGGAGGGGAGUGUUUUUUCUAAUAGUGACUCUUAUGAAACAUACAUUAUGGUGAAGAAGUUAGAUGACUUUGCCUUGUUAUUUUCAGGAUCGGAAAUAGUUUUCACCGCUUCUAUGCCACAAACCAUUGCGAGCAUCAGCAUUUGCAUACAUGAUCAAGAGAAAUUCUAUAACUGUUACCCAACAGCGUUUCCAUAACAGUUACGGUUGACAACAACAUUUCAUAAGGUCUGAAGAGCGUCACUUUGCCGUCCCGUGUUACUCUAGAGUAGCACUUUAGCACAGUGGCUUUUGACGUAAUGACGUUGGAGAAAAUAAUUGAUAUAUUGAGUAUCUGUCUCCUGUCCAUCAUCGCUAGGCCUGGGUCUAAACAGACAGACGUAACAACAUGUAACUGGAGAUGUUAGGGGAGAGGGAAAGCCAACAGUCAAUAUGUGGUUUUCCUAUCCAUGCCUGAGCUGCUGUAGAAGCUGGCAUGCUUGAGAGCAUGUUGGUUAGUCUUGGUUGUCUCUAUCUCCUUAACUGCAUCUGAUGUAUGUUCUCUCUAAGGUCUUACCACUAAGUUACAUGGGAUGAAACUAAUCAAGCUGCUUCAUCAGCAUAAUACACAAUUGGCCCAGCGUCGUCCAGGGUAGGGGAGGGAAUGGCCGGCAGGGAUGUAGCUCAGUUGGUAGAGCAUGGCGUUUGCAACGCCAGGGUUGUGGGUUCGAUUCCCACGGGGGGGUAUGAAAAAAAUAAAUAAUGUAUGCACUAACUGUAAGUCGCUCUGGAUAAGAGCGUCUGCUAAAUUACUAAAAUGUAAAUAAUACAGAACACUAACUUUUCCGUUAUCUCAUAUUCCAUUGACUGUCCCUCAGCACAGUCCCCACUGUGAAAGGCUCUAUAUUUGGCCAAUCCCUGUCCUGGCUCACGCUCUGUGAUAGGCUCAAAGUGUAGAGACCAAGAUGGUUUCUCCCACCCUUUCUAUUGGCUCUCCAGGGCCUGUUCAGACCUGAUUGGUCCAGUGGUUGUGCCACACCACAUAAUAAUGGCAUCGUUCUUUGGUUUCCUCCAGGGGUCAGAAACAAAUUCAUGUUGGGCUUCCUGUCAGCUGCUCGUGGCCAGUGGGCAGGCAGCAGCUGUUAGGGCUGAGGGACCAGGAGGAGGUGGAGGGUGGCGAGAGCUGUUCAGGGAACCAAGAAGCUGUGGGCUGGGAGGGAGGGAGGGAGGGAGGGAGUGGAGUGUGGGAUGGGGGUAGAAGGGUGGAGGGUAGCGGUUCACUGCACACAGACACACCAGCUUGGGGGCUGAGAGGGAGGGAGGAAGGUGGUGGAGGAUGAGGUGGGGUGGAGGUUGGAAGGUAGAGGAGUGGGUAGCACUUCACUGCACACAAACACACACACACAGUGGCUCAGACUUCCAGUGGUCAGAACAUGUUGGCCAGGGUGCUGAUUGCGGUUACCCAGGUGUGCGAAAGAGGGCUAGGAUCACACGUUCCCCAGCAUUCAUCCACACCACAUGGGUUAGACAAGCAUGGGCUUCACUACGGCCGGGGCGCACCAGAGUCAACACACUAAUGAAACGUUAAUUGAACCUUGACUUCCGGAGUUAGAUGUAUGUGGAGACUUUGGAGAUUUUCCUCCUGGUCUUUCCGAUAGACAGACAUGCACCUUACCCUCUUCUGUCAGCACUCAGUGUGUGUGUGUCCGUGUGUGUGCAUGUGUGUGUGUGCAUGUAAGUAAGCAUUUCACUGUUAGUCUACACCUGUUGCUUACGAAUAAGAUUUCAUUUGAUGUGUGUGUGUGUGUCAGUGAACCUGAAGCACAUACUUGACCUUGAAAGAACAUGAAAGGAAGCUGUAAAGGUCUAGUGGGGAUGAAUACAACCCUUGUAUCGACUGAAUAUAUACGACACAACAUGUCCUGUAUGUUCAGUGACACAGGAACGCCAAAUUACUAAGCAAAGCAAAGGAUGUAUGAGCACUUAAUCCUAGGAUACACAGAAGAACAUGUCAAACUGGAAAACAUCAUGUUGACUGUAAUUCUUGAGGUGUAUUUGUGUUUUCCAUUUCAGAGAGAUCCGGAACGCGAAGAGUCUGUCAUACAUCGACCCAGAAGCAUUUAAGAACCUUCCAAACCUGAAAUACCUGUGAGCUCUUUCAGAAAUCAUAUGUGUAUUAUAAACAUCAAGGGACAGUCUUAUUUCAAAAUCAAAACCAUCUUUGCUUUGAAAACGCUAUUGUGAGUCCAAACUGACAACGUUACUUUAACACAAGAUACAAUAGAUGAGACUUGCCUUCAAAUAUUUGGCUUUGGCAAUAAUUGAGCAAUUAUAUCCAAUCUAUUCAAUUUAAAAGGUUCCUACUGUAUAUGCCAGUACUGGCACUGUCAUGUUACAAUUUUAUACUCUGUGGUAGCUUGAUUGGUGAGGGAGUCAGCUUGGUCACUGCCAGCUAUCUUUCCAUCUCUCUCUUGGUUUUGAUUGGGAUAGUCUGCUUGGUCAUCGCCUGCCAGCUAUCUAACCAUCUCUCACUUGGUUCCUUCUAGGGGUAUUUUCAAUACUGGCCUCACCAUCUUUCCUAAUCUCACCAACAUCCACUCAGAUGAUAUGAACUUCAUACUGUAAGAAAACUACAAUACUAAUACAUAAUACCUUUGUUAGUACUAUACUCUUACAAGUAGGAACUGUCUCACAAGUAUUACAACCCGACAACCAUAAUAUAUAUAUAUAUACCUUACUAAUUUUCCCAUAUUACAUGUGAAAAAUAAUGGCAUUUUUACCAGUAAAUCGAUUGAGGUUUGAAUCUCUUUUAUGAGAGAGACAUACACACAAACACUCCCCUACAUAUUUAUUUGGACAGUGAAGCUAAAACCUAUACAAAAUAGCAUUUGAGGUGACAGUACAGAAUGUCACCUUUUAUUAGAGUUUUUUUUCAUACAUAUCGGUUUUACCGUUUAGAAAAUGAAAGCACUUUUAUGUAUCUAGUCCCCCCAUUUGAUGGACAAAUACACUUAUAGUGUAUAACAUUUGUCAAAAGUUUGUGACUCUACAAACUUGUUGGAUGCAUUUGCAGUUUGUUUUGGUUGAGUUUCGGAUUAUUUUGUGCCCAAUAGAAAUUCAUGUUAAAUAAUGUAUUGUGUCAUUUUGGAGUCACCUUUAUUGUAAAUAAGAAUAGAGUAUGUUUCUGAACACAUAUAUUUAAUGAAUUAAUUGUGAAUAAUGAUGAGGUAAUAAGUUAGAGGCAUAAAUAUCAUACCCCCCAUAAAAACUUUCUCACUCAUCAUUAUUCACGAUUCAUUCAUGAUUAUCCGUAAUCAUGGUAGCAUCCACAUUAAUGUAGAAGUGUUCAGAAACAUAUUCUAUUCUUAAUUACAAUAAAAGUGACUCCAAAAUGACACAAUACAUUAUUUACCAUUCAUUUCUAUUGGGCACAGCAUCAUCCGAAACACAUGCAUCCAACAAGUUUGUAGAGUCACAAGCUUGACGUAGUCAUUGCGUGCUAGGAAUAUGGGACCAAAUACUACACUUUUGACUAAAUGUAAUAAACUAAAAGUGGAUUUGUCCAAAUACUCAUGACACUUUCAAAUGGGGGGACUAGAUACAUAAAGUGCUUUCAUUUCAAAACGGUAAAACAGAUAAGUAUAAAAAUAACCUCAAAUAAAAGGUGACAUUCUGUACUGUCACGUCAUAUAAAACAUUUGAUCUCAAAUCCAAAAAGCUGGAAUUCUGGGGUAUAGAGCCAAAUUAAGGAAUGUAGCUUUACUGUCCAAACAAAUACAUAGGGGAGUUUAGAAGCAUCAUCCUGUCCUAUCUAAAGAUCUGUCUUAUAUAUAGUAAGGAUUUUCCAACCCAUUAUGCCUUGCCUGUAGUCUAGUGCCAGUGGUUACUAUAGUGCUAGAAGAUGUACUUAGCUAUUUUCCACUCUGUGGCGUUCCAUUCCUUUUUCCUACUCUCUGACGAGGUUUUCUAUAUUUGCAACACCACCUAAUUUCCUGUUGUAUCUCCUCACAGUGAAAUAGCUGAUCAUCCUUACAUAUCUGAGGUCCCAGCCAAUUCAUUCCGUGGUAUUACCAACCAAGUGCUGACAGUGUGAGUACACAGCCAUAGCUCUACAGUUUCACUGGUGCCUUCACUGUCGACUAUAGGCCAUUACAUUACCCUUGCUUGCAGUCUCAGAGUGUGCCGAGAAACCACCGUUACAUUAGAUGCCAAAGCCAUGGUCAUAUUGGUCACAAUGGCAAACAGAUUCAGGACACAACUAGCCCAAUACAUUGAAGUUGUUCGGUUUUGGUGGGGAGAAAAUUACACAGUGAAAUAUGUUACAGAAAAUGUUGUAGAGAUUUUGGUCACUAAAUUGCAUACACAGGCAAAUCCUCAGCACAAAAAUAUACAUUUCAUUCACCAGCUGGAAUUGGCAUUACUGAUUAAUAGGACCUGUACAACCAGACAGAUUCAAAGUUAGUCAGUGGGUUGGUGCAUAAAAUAACACAGUGAUGGCGUCAGUAAAUAUUACUGUUAUGAAUGUUUUCUAAUAUUUAUAUUAUUUAUUUUAUUGUAUUAUCUUACAGGAUGUUGUACAGUAAUGGCUUCACCGACAUCCAACAUCAUGCUUUUAACGGGACCAAACUGGAUGCUGUGUAAGUUAUUUUGCUUAUAUCAUUAACACAAAAGAAUAGAAUGGUAUAGAAUAGAAUAGAGAAUAAUAGAAUAUAAAAUUAUAGAACAGAAAAUGAAAUACUGUAUUAGUAGCCACAUGCAGCUCUCUGCUUGACCCUGCCAACCCAAAGCCAUGCAAGACAAAGCGCUAAAGCAGCAGAUAUUCUUGUUAUGUUGUAUUGUUGAUGACCUCUUGCUGUUUGAAACAAUGACUGUAUAAAUAGAUUGGAACAGUGCUUUGGACUGCCUUAGAGGGAGAGUCUUUUCAUAGAGAAGUACUGGAGGUACGGUACUCUAUGUUGUUACAGUUAUGAUAUCUUUCACUCUGGCUUAACAAUCAGUCAUUUCAGACCCCUUCAUUUCACCUAAAUUAAAUUACUUAGUAUUUUGACUGGAUUAAACCAUUUUUGACAUCUGGCAUGUAUAUUUCCUUUCUCAAAUUUACACUAUUACACUACACAAGCAGUAGGAUCACGGUUACAUCUGAACUGGUCCUCUCAGACGUGCUUAGAGAGAGGUUAACCCCAGCCUUGAUUAGGAAGCCUUAGUUCUCGUGAUUUUUAAGAAGACGAUUUCAGGAAGUCAGCAUCAAAGCGCCAAAGGAAAUGUAUUUCCCCAUAAGGGACAAAAAAUCGUUAUUCUAGGGUUGUCUUAUUUUUAUCUAGAUUUCAUCUUACUGUACUGGAUGAAUAGUUUCAAAUUGAAAUGUAAAAAAAACAAUCAUUGUGUCACUACACUGUCCCUACACACCCCUCCCCCAAUAUUGUAUAAAGACAUGUAAACAUUACCUCCCUCCUUUUUGUCACCUCUCUCUAGCUUUCCCGUCAGGAUAUGAAACAUUAAUAUAGCUCUGACCCUCUCAUCCCCUGCACCCCUGCACCCCUCCAUUUAACCAUUCACCCCCAGUAAAACCCUAGCUGGUCCUUAUGGAGUUGUAAUUAGACCAAUGGGCAGUCACUUUAGUCAGUCUUACCACACUGCUGUUUGGGUUGGCACGCACAGAGCGCGCUUAGAGCAAAAACUGAUCCGGGAGUGUGUGUAUCGGUCUGUGUGUGAGUGUGUAUGUGUGCUUUCUCCGAGCAAGAGCUGAUCCAAGAGCUGUAACACCAAGACAAAUACUCUCGCACACACGUUUAUUAUGAAAAUUAGAUUUAGGGAUUCUACAGUAUGUAUUUUAAAGGCGCAGUGUGUUUCUGAAGUACCUUCUCCGAUGGUGGGACGGCUAAUUUAAAACAACACUCAGGAUAAGACCUGAUCCGUCUGAAGUCAGUGUUACUCCAGAAAACGGUGAACAUAAACAGUAAAACGUGGUGUGAUGAGGAUAGUGAAAAUAUUGUAGCAUGUCUCAGAGCUAUCAGGAUGAUUAUGGUGAUUGAAGUGUGUCGGUUACAUUCUUGUUCGUGUGUUUGCGUGUGUGUGUGCAUGUGUGUGUGUUUUCUCUCCAGGUACCUCCAUAGGAACAAGCGUCUGACCAAGAUGGAUGAAAGGAUGUUUGCUGGCACUGUUAGUGGGCCAAUGCUUCUGUGAGUAUUUGUUCAUCCUUUAUUUAACCAGGAAAGUCACAUAGAGAUUAACAACUCUUUUUUCAAGUGAGCCCUGGACAAAAUAGUAUCUCUCACUGCACUGCCCAACAUUUUCAGUUAAUAUCUGAUGUUAAAGUCGCUCAAACUACUUUGAACGAAUGGUACAAAUGUAUCCAAUGUUCCACGUUCCGGUCUUAAAUGUCAGGUAUUUGUCUUAUUAAACAGAGAGAUACAGCAUGUUCCAAUAAUGUGAUAUUAAGUGUGUUUUGCAAUGAUAUGUGGUUUAUGAUUUGGGUUUGGAACUUUUACAGAAAAAGUUUAUAAUAGAGUCUAAAAUUAUCAGAUGAUUAAGUAUCUAAAAUUUUAAAUAAUUACUAGAAAACAAUUUUUUUUACAAAGCCAGAUUGGUUCAAAUCAUAACUUCCGUAAUUCAUUCAUGGCUAAGUUUCUUUCUUUUUGUACCUCUCUAUUUUCCCAUAAAAGUGGAGAAUGAGUGAGAAACAUGUCUGGGAGAAACAGUUCAGAAAUCAUCACAGAGUGAAAAUAGCUUAACGACAGCUGGGAUUUUGACUGGGAAAUCAGACGCAGAUUGUGUGUGAGUGUUAGAGAAACUUCUGACUUUUCCUUCCCCUCUCUGUUUUGAGAGUCAUAGUGGAAUUAAAUAUCCCCUUCCCUUUCUGGGGAGUUUGAUGCAGAAACCUUACCUCUGUUAUCUGUUUUCUGGAGUAGUACUCCUAAAGCUGUAACCUCUUUAAUACGUUUUUAAUAAGUCAAUCUGUUCCCCAGCCCUCUCAGGACUAAGCCUUGUUCAACACUUCGGAAAUACGGCCUUCCUUCCUACCUUCCUUGAAGUAAUCACUGACCUGAAUUGGUUGGAUUGGUGCAAGUAAUACGGUUUUGAACUUGCUUAUACCCCAUUCAAUCACGUAUCUCUAUGCUUACCUCAAGGAAAAAAAGGAAGGAAGGAUGUAUAUUUCUAAAGUAUUGGAACAAGGUCCAUGUCCUAGUCCUGGCAGAGUGGUGAUGUCAUCCACAUGAGGUCAUGGCCUAAACAUCUCCCAAUGACAAAAUCAGACCGCCAGCAUGUCUUCGCCACACACUAUUAUUAUCCAGUGUUGCUCAAUGUUCCCCCAGAGAGAGAGAGAGAGAGAACCAAUGGGACAGAAAAAUACUCAGCUGCCUCUCAGAAAGAAAGAAAGUGUGAUUUAAUUUUAUGCAUUGUUUGGCUUGUGUUUCUGUAUAUUAUUAUUAUCUUAUUAAAUCAUUUAGCAGAUCAUUUCACUGAUACACUAGAUGAGGAAACAUCUUGUUAAUGUUUUGUCCCCCACUUGGCCCCUCGAAGGGGGAGUGUAGGUUACAGUAUGUACUGAUAAUACAAUCACACAGGAUGCUGAAGGAGAAAUGGAACACGUCUCAAAUGGCACCCUAGUCCCUGUAUAGAGCACUACUUUUGACCAGGGCUCUGGUCAAAAGUAGGGCACUAUAUAGGGAAUAGGGUGCAAUUUGGGAUGCAACCAAGGACUGGAUGUGUGCUUGUACUGAGUUGUGACUUUACUUCCAAGUGAGGUUCAGUCUUUGGCAUGGCAACGUGGACAAUAAAAAACAGAAUGUUUAAUUAGAUAAAGACGAUGGAAGAGCGGUGGAUACUCUUUUGCAGGAACCAGAUGUAGCCGUUGUAUUUUGCAUUCCGUUUCAGAAAGGUUGCAAGUCUAACAAUUGGGUAAUAAAUAGGCAUUUGACAAAAAGGUUUAUCCCAGAUUUGGAGAAUGCGCAAAAUGGGUAGCCAUGCAUAUCAUAAAAACUAGAGGUGGGGAGGUGUUGCUGUCAUAAACAGUACAAACCCAAAUCAUCACUAGGCUUCAUCUGUUGCUAGGCUUUAAUGAUAGUAAUGAAUAUGGCCCAUGCCAUGGCCUAUGAUUCCAAAUACCAUUACAGCACUUCUACACACACGCACACACAUUCCCUUAGGUGACAUAAUUUGUGACCCCCAGCUGUAUGAACUCUGUAUGACCUUUGUAUGAACACGGUUUAACCUCCAGCUGUCUCCUGUAUUCACUGUUCUGAACUCUGUAAGAACCCUCUAUGAGCCCUGUAUGACCUCCAUCUGUCACAUGUAUUCCCUGUGUUUCCUUUUCCAGUGACGUGUCCCUGACGGGGGUGUCAUCCCUCCCCACAGCAGGCCUGGAAUCUCUCAGGGAGCUGAUGGCCCGCAGUGCCUGGAACCUGAAGAAGCUCCCGCCAAUCAAAACCUUCAAACACCUGAUUACCGCAGACCUCACCUACCCCUCCCACUGCUGCGGCUUCAAGAACCUCAAGAAGAAGAGAGGGUGAGAUUAUGUUUUAAUGUUGUUUGUUUUUUAUGUCAAUCAUUGUGAAGCCAAAGAUACAUUUCCAUAUUGCGUGGACAAUAACGUUUUUCUGGAGAGGUAAAAAGCCUGUAUCUUGUUGAGUUGUUGUUGAGCUGUUGUUUUACACGUUUAUUUUGAUUAUAUAUUAUAUAUAUAUUAUUAAUUUAAAAUAACAAUACAAUACACUGACAAUACACAUGUGGUCCUCUGUAGCUCAGCUGGUAGAGCACGGCGCUUGUAACGCCAAGGUAGUGGGUUCGAUCCCCGGGACCACCCAUACAAAUGUAUGCACGCAUGACUGUAAGUCGCUUUGGAUAAAAGCGUCUGCUAAAUGGCAUAUUAUUAUUAUUAUUAUUAUUUCCGCUCCCACAGUGGGUGCUCUGUUUAGUGGGUGCUCUGGUCAGUGGUUGCUCUGGUCAGUGGUUGCGCUCGCCCCCACCCGCCCCGAGACGGCGGUAAGGUAAGGCCCCGCCCCCGGGCCCAAAGGGAUUUUCCAAGGGCGGGAAAAAGCAAGCGCAUCCAUAACUACCAGGAUCAGCACACACACACCACUCACAGCAUGAAACCAAACCACAAAACAUAAACAGUGAUUAGAGGACCUCAAACAUUUAUACUGUACAUUUGUGCAUAUAAUUAUUCCAACACUCAUCAAUUCCACCCUUCAGACAGCCACAGAUCAAGCCAUCUUUCCCAAUAAAUCAUAAUUCUACCAUUUCCUCUCGCAAUACAUCCCUCCAUUCUACCAUGGUGUCUCACUAGGGACUUAAACCUCCCCAUCUGCAACAAGAGCAUAAUGAUUUUUCCAUUGACUGACUGACUGGUCCUUCACACAUUUAUUUGUUUGUCUAGACUUUUAUUUUGUAAAUAAAUGCUUCUUGGCUCCUUAAAACAGAGUUACAACUAUAAACCUGUGAACACUUUCAUUGAUGGUUUUGUAAAUGAAAAGCAAAUUACAGAGUGCAUUACUAACCCUGGUAGUGUACUGUAGUGUACUGUAGUGUGUAUUGCUCUGUAUUGUGUAGUUACAGUAUGAUUAAUGGCUGUUGAAUAGCACAGUUGUAAUUCUCCAGUGUGGAUGUUGGCUGAGAUUAAGUCAACUCUAUGACGCGUUUACCUAUAACGUUUUAUUAGGUGGCUUUAAUUACUGUCAGUCAACACUGUUAUUGUAGGAAGACCAACGUCUAAACAAGACUAAUGACCCUCUCAAAACAUGAAUCCGUUUUUCUUCUUUAACUGGGUAUGUAAAUAAUAUGAUAGCUGAACUCAGGAGUGUAUAAAGAGGUAUUUGGAAGUAAAGGAUUCAAGCUGAAUUAUUUUGUAUUUAUUUGUUUGCACUCAACUUGAACUUUCAGUCAUUCAGUUUCAUUUUUUCACCUUGCAAUGUUCAUUACAGACUAUUCUUAGUCGUAAAAACAACCUAUCAAUCACAUUGUCUUCAUAAAGCCCUUUUUACAUCAAAAGUGUCACAGGUCACAAAAAGCUUUUCAGUAACCCGGCCUAGACCUGAAAGCACAAACAGAAGCAGAAAGUGAAACUCAAAAGAAAAACUCAUAGAUCUACAGUACAGUUCUACAAUGAGGCUCUUUUGACAUUGCAGAUACCUGGAGUACAUAAUCUGCAACCUGACAGCUUUCUACGACCAGCAUCAAAAGAGAUCAGUAGAUCCCCUCAGAGUCCCAUCCCUUCAAGUAGGCCCAGCCUCUGAUGCUGCAGCAGACCAGCACCAGAAGAGAUCUGUGGGUCCCCUCACAGUUCCAUCCCUCCAAGGGGACCCCAUGGGGGAUGCAGCCGACCAGCAGCCCAUCGAGGGGGGCUUCAGAGAUGAGGUGUUCAGAGACACCCAGGGAGACCCCCGGAGAGACUUCCACAGCAGCCUCCACUACCAUGCUUACUUUGGGGGCCAGCCGGACGAUGACGUGGGCUUCGGGGAGACACUGAAGGUAAGAGAGACUGGUCAGCAACCAGAGGGUCGCCAGUUCGAAUUCCAGCGCUGACUGGGGGGAAAAAUAAAUAAUCAAGGAAAGGAAAAGGAUACAUUUCUGUGUCUCUGUGAUAAUCGAUGAGAUAAUUAUAUUUUAUCUGAUCUUAUCUUACAGAACCCCCAGGAGGACACAAGCCAGGACUUUGACAGUCGCUACGACUACGUGGUCUGUGAGGAAGGCGAGGAGGUGACCUGUGCCCCUGCGCCGGACGAGUUCAACCCGUGCGAGGACAUCAUGGGCUUCAGCUUCCUGCGGGUGUCUGUGUGGUUUGUCUCUCUACUGGCUGUAGUAGGCAACAUGGUGGCACUUCUAGUCCUCCUCACCUCUCACUACAAGCUCUCCGUCUCCCGCUUCCUCAUGUGUCACCUGGCCUUCGCUGACCUCUGCAUGGGGAUAUAUCUCCUCCUCAUCGCCUCUGUGGACCUUCACACCCGGGCAGAAUACUACAACCACGCCAUCGACUGGCAGACGGGGCCAGGCUGCGGGUUAGCAGGGUUCUUCACCGUGUUUGCCAGCGAGUUGUCAGUGUAUACGCUGACGGUGAUCACGCUAGAAAGGUGGCAUGCAAUAACGUUUGCCAUGAGGCUGGACAGGAAGUUGCGUCUGCCCCAUGCUGCUGCUGUGAUGCUGGCUGGAUGGUUGUUCUGUCUCCUCCUAGCGGUGCUCCCCCUAGUGGGGGUUAGUAGUUACCAGAAGGUCAGUAUUGAUCUAUUUCUUUAUAUUAAUUGAUUGAUUCAGUGAUUGGUUGUGUUACGAAACCAAUUAGCCAGUCUAUGGCAAGCCUAGGACCCCCUAGACCUGCAAGAGUAGCCAUAGUAGUGGGCUGGCUAAUCGGUUUCGUAACGAUUGAUUGAUUGAUUAUUUAUUUUAUCUUUAUUUAACUAGGUCAGUAUCUGCCUGCCCAUGGACACCCAGUCCACUGUGGCCCAGGUGUACAUUGUCUCAGUCCUGAUACUCAACAUCCUGGCAUUUCUGGUCAUCUGUGCCUGUUACAUCAAGAUCUACUGCGCUGUCCACAACCCGCACUACCCGUCCGGCUCCAAAGACACCAACAUCGCCAAACGCAUGGCCGUCCUUAUCUUCACGGACUUCUUGUGUAUGGCACCCAUCUCCUUCUACGCCAUGUCGGCGGUUCUGGACCGGCCUCUCAUCACUGUAUCCAACUCUAAGAUCCUGCUGGUGCUCUUCUACCCUCUCAACUCCUGUGCCAACCCCUUCCUGUACGCCAUCUUCACCAAGGCCUUCAGGGGGGACGUCUUUAUCCUGCUCAGUAAGGUGGGGCUGUGCCAGCGCCGGGCGCAGCUCUUCAGAGGGCAGACGGUCAGUUCGAAGGGUAGCAGUGGGGUAUGUCACCAGGGCCGGAGAGGUAAGAAGAGAGACAAAAAUGAGAAGGGAACAGGAGGACCAGAGGAGGUACCCAUCCACCUGCAGGAGCGUUCUGGGUCUGGUCAAACCUACCUCCAACCCACUUUCCAGCAACCCAGUCUGGAGGAGAGCCGUAGCCUGGACACG